GCGUCAUGACGUAACUGUUUGCGUGCCUGCUUCAUAGAGCCAAACCGCGUGGAAACCCCUCACAUCGACAACAACAACAAUGGCCGAUUGUAUUGAAGCGCUACUCGUUUUGGUUUUGCUCUGUCGAAACUAAAUGGAACAAAUGGGACGAUUUUACUACCAACUUUACAGUCGUUACAUCAGGGAUGCAAACUCAUCAGAUGGCUGAACUUCAGGUAGACGAGAACACAAGCAGCAGAAAGAGUUCAUCAGCAGAGGAAGAGACCUGCAAAGACCCAGAUAGACUUUAUGAUGAUGGGGAGAAGAGUAUCAUCGGAGAACAGCUGGAUCAACAUCAGUCUACAGCCACGAUAGGAAAACCACACACCUGUGACCAGUGUGAGAAGAGUUUCAGGAGUUCAGGGAUAUUGAAGCGCCACAAACGUACCCACACUAGAGAAAAACCUUUCACCUGUGACCAGUGUGAGAAGAGCUUUAGCCAGUCAGGCUAUUUGAAGAUUCACCUGCGAACCCACACUGGAGAAAAACCCUACUCCUGUGACCUCUGUGAGAAGAGUUAUGCCAGGUCAAGCUAUUUCAAGAUCCACCAGAGAAUCCACACUGGAGAAAACCCCUACUCCUGUGACCAGUGUGAGAAGAGCUUUAGCCAGUCAAGCCAUUUGACGAUUCACAAGCGAACCCACACUGGAGAAAAACCCUACUCCUGUGACCAGUGUGAGAAGAGCUUUAGCCAGUCAGGCGAUUUGAAGAUUCACCUGCGAACCCACACUGGAGAAAAACCCUACUCCUGUGACCGGUGUGAGAAGAGCUUUAACCAAUCAAGCUAUUUGACGAUUCACAAGCGAACCCACACUGGAGAAAAACCCUACUCCUGUGACCAGUGUGAGAAGAGCUUUAGCCAGUCAGGCGAUUUGAAGAUUCACCUGCGAACCCACACUGGAGAAAAACCCUACUCCUGUGACCAGUGUGAGAAGAGCUUUAGCCAGUCAGGCGAUUUGACGAUUCACAAGCGAACCCACACUGGAGAAAAACCCUACUCCUGUGACCAGUGUGAGAAGAGCUUUAGCCAGUCAGGCGAUUUGAUGAUUCACAAGCGAACCCACACUGGAGAAAAACCCUACUCCUGUGACCAGUGUGAGAAGAGCUUUAUCCGGUCAGACGCAUUGAAGCGCCACCAGCGAACCCACACUGGAGAAAAACCCUACUCCUGUGACCAGUGUGAGAAAAGUUUCACGGAGUCACGCUCAUUGAAGCGCCACCAGCGAACCCACUCCUUUGACCAGUGGGAGAAAGAGUUCAGUGACUCAUACAGUGUGAAGCUCCACCAGCCUACCCACACUGGAGAAAAACCUGACGUCUGUGCUCACUCUGAGAAGAGUUUCAGAGAACCAGACCACAUGGGAGAAAACCUUCACUAGUGCACUGAGACUGUUCAGAAAGAGUGAGGUGGACUGUUUGACACAACUCACUGUUAAAAGAUGUUGUGUGGAUUUUAAAAGUUGUUCAAAUGUUCUCAAUAAUAUUCAAAUGCAUGCAC